AUGUGUCAUGGUUUGACAACAACGCAGACAAGAGAACUAGCUUACCAAUUUGCAGUAGCUAAUAAAAUAGUUACACCACCAGAAUGGAAUAAAAAUAAUAAAGCAGGCAUCCACUGGCUUCAUGGAUUUAUGAAUCGCCACAAAGAACUGUCACUACGCCAGCCCGAAAGUACAUCCUUAAGUAGAACGUCCAGUUUCAAUAAAACGAACACAACAACUUUCUUUUUAAAUUUAGAAAAAUUGUAUAAGAAACACAAUUUUGCACCUAACAUGAUAUGGAAUCUCGACGAAACAGGGUGCAUGACAGUUACGAAACCACCAAAAGUAAUAGCUGUACGAGGUACGAAACAAGUGGGACAAAUUGCUUCGGCAGAAAGAGGCACACUAAUAACAGUCCUUUUUUUUAUCAAUGCUUCAGGGGAGACAAUUCCCCCUGUAUUCAUAUUCCCACGAGUCUAUUUUAAAGAUAAUAUGCUUAAGGGAGCUACCGUUGGCUCCAAAGGAAUGGUAAAUCCUUCUGGUUGGAUGACCGAAGAAAUAUUUGUGGAAUCCUUGAAACAUUUUAUAAGUCAUGUUCAACCAACCAUCGACAAGAAAGCUUUAAUUAUUAUGGACAAUCACGCAUCUCAUGUGAAUCUACAAGUUUUGAGUGUGCAAGAAAAAACCACAUAA